UCCUCUUACUCUUACUCUUACUCUUACUCUUACUCUUACUCUUACUCUUACUCAAUAUAUCUUUCUCAAUUGGAAUCUGAUAUCUUGGCUUUAUAUUGUCUAUCCACCUACUUAUACUUAUUUCCUCUGAUAUUCACUCUCAACUCAUUGUACUCCCUCUCUCGUAUUCCAAUCCUAUAAGCAUCUGCAUCUUCAUCUGCAUCUUCAUCUGCAUCUUUCACCCAGAUUCUCCCAUUGGUUAUACCUACCUACCUACAUAUAAAUCCACGUUCCAGCGAACAAACGCUCUCAAGAUUCCUCGUGUAACCACACUUUGAUCAUCUUAUCUGCCGAUACUCCGCAUUUCUCCAUCGAUAUACAUACGACGGGACUUUCAGCUCUUUUAUAUCUUCCCUUCACACCAUCAAAAACUCAAUUCAUCAAAUUAUAAUCGUCAAUUUAUCUUAUCUCUCACCUCACCUCAUCUCAUCAAUAUGUCUCGAGUUACUCCUCCCGUUACAAAAUUCACCCUUGUGUUGAAGAAAUGUAUGAGUACUACUUCGACUGUCGCAAGUCCUAGUGCACAAUUGAAGACCAAGAGUGCUAUCAAAACUGAUCUCAUCUCCAACCUCUCUCAUGAACGUACAAUCACCACCACCCAUCGCCCAUCUCCCCCCUCUAUCAAAACCAUCCGUCUCAUGCAAGGAUUCCGCACCAGCGCCGCUCGUCCCGUCGCUUCCCCUUCCACCCUCGACUACCUCGUUCUUCCUCGUCUUCCCGUUGAAGAACCUCUCAAUGCAUUUACUGUCCGAGUCCCCAUUCUCCCAGAUAACUACUAUGCCUCUCAACCGAUUAAGGAAUCAAUCGAUACCGCGAUUCCUAAACAGGAAGUCCAUAUCGUGAGUGCACAGCCGGAAGAGGUGGUUGCAAAGGUUAAUGUGUUAACGGAGAUGGUGGGUAACGAGGCGGAGAGUGCGGUGGAUUUGGGACAGUGGGUUGAGGGAGUAAGAAAGAGAGGAGAGGAGAUGAGAGAGAGAUUUGUAGGAAGAGAUAGCGAACAGAGUGUUUUGAGGGAAUUGUGGAUGAGUCUUCGCGAGGAUGUGUGGGGUGAGAAGAAAGUCGCCGUUUAGGUUUUCGUGUAGGAGAUGCUGGGGAGUUUUGAUUUGAUGGAGCGAUUGAUUGAUUGAUUGAUAGAUAGAUGGGUAU